AUGUUGUUGAACGACUGCUUCGCGCGGCUACCGCCUACCGCCGCGAUACUGCUUCUCUCGAAUAUCUUCGCCCUGACCGAAGCCGGUGCUCUUCCCCGCCAAACAGAGCAACCUCAAGCUCACAUUGCCUACCGCACACUGGACGUCCGUAACUGGCCGCUGGCAACACCGGCGCCAUGGCUGGGUAUUAUGAGGAGGCAGGACGACAGCACAAACACAGUCUGUGGCUACCUAGGCGGUGACCCAAAUCUGCCGGCGACAUGCUCUGCUGGUUCCCACUGCGCCAUGGACGCUUCCGUCUCGGCCAUCGGCUGCUGCCCGAACGGCGCCGCCUGUACCACGGGUGUCUACACGAGCUGUGUCGACGAGAACAGCCCCACUCAGACAGCUUCGGAUCCGUACAUAUUCACUUGCCAGGGGUCCAAUGUUUGCUACCGCAACAGUUUUGAUGGAGGCGCCUACCAGUAUGGGUGCGGCACCACAAGUCAGGGUACGACUGUUGCUGCCACGGCAUCUGGACUCAGCACUACUGUGGCCAUUACGCACAUCUCGGGCCUCGUCACGAGACAGGAGACCGCUUCGUCGAGUAGCUCUUCCUCCAGUAGCUCUAGUUCGUCGAGCAGUUCCUCUACAACUUCAAGCUCAUCCACCAGUUCCACGACCAGCUCAUCUUCAACGACCUCCACGACGUCGUCAGCAUCGUCAACCUCGUCUGCCCCAGCGGCUACUAGCAGCGCUCCUCCAGUGAACGCCGAGGCUGCCGCGGCAGGACUGAGACGUAACGGGGGCAUCAUCGGUGGUGUCAUCGGCGGCUGCGCAGUCUUUGUGGCCCUCGUCUCUGUGGCACUCUGGAUGCGCAAGCGCAAGCGUGGUAACAAGCGUCUCGGCCCUGGCGCUGGCAAAGGUCCCACUUAUGUCCCCCAAACCAACCAAAAGGACUUUGCACCCGUACCCGGCGGCGAGAUGAUGUUCGACCAGGCAGGCUACGGCCACCCAUCCAUGAUGCCCGGCGCCCACGGCAACACCACCUCCAUCAGCGGAGGCCGCUCCGCCACCACGCCGCCAUCGUCCGCACCCCAUGGUGGAUAUAAUCCCGCCAGCGGCGCCUCUGCGUCCGGCGCGUCCCGGUCGACGGGGGACGAUACACCCCUUACGCACCAGGGCGAGAUGGAGGAGUUUUCUAGAGGGUACAAUGAUGCUGUCGGGCGCGGUGGCGAGGGAGGACACAGAGCGACUAGUUCGGGUACGGACGGGAGCCCUUACGGCGCUGGCGCUGGGGCGACGAAUGCGGGCCAUCGGGCUGAUGGGUCUGAAGAGAGGCCGUUGUGGCAGCAGAAUCGGAGGCAGAGCCGGAAUCUGAUGUGGAUGUAA